AUGUCUGUACACAGCAUUGGUGCGUCAGAGCCUCGACCAACUGUAAUGUCAUUGUCAGAAACUCGCGUUGCAUAUCCAAAACUGCUUACCGGUUCUCAAACAAGACUUGUCCACAUCCAGCACGGUUCCUCAAGCUCAAACUUCGUGGCAUCGCUGGAAGUCGUCGAUCUGGACAUCGACACUCGAAGCUCUUACGAUGCUUUGUCAUACCAUUGUGGAGACAUGACAGCGGUAUCGCAGGUACAUCUACCCGACCUGGACAUCUACCUGCCUAUCGCCAGAAACUUGACAGAUGCUCUCAAUCGAGUCCUGAAGGACGGAAUCCCCGGUCCGUUUUGGAUUGAUGCAAUUAGCAUCAAUCAAAUUGACAUUGAGGAACGUAACCAGCAAGUUCGUCUGAUGACUCGCAUCUUCAGGGGUGCACGGCAGGUCUUCUCGUGGCUCGGUCCCGAUGAUGAGAAGAGGGCGAUCUUGAAAGCCUUCUAUGGCCGCCCUUAUUUCAGAAGAGCGUGGGUCGUCCAGGAGAUUAUCGUUGCGCGAGAAAUACACGUUCUUUGUGGUGCCUUACCUUCGUUCGACUUUGAAGUCGUGUUUGCUGCGGCGUGGUGGCUAUCGUAUAUUGCUUUACGGCAAUUGCUUGAACAUAGUGUCGAGUUUACAAGACUCGGUGCCGGGAGAGUUCUCUAUCUCCGCGCCUUGCGUCAACAAUUUCAAGAAAAGGGAGCUGCGUCCCAGGCGUUCUUCGACACCGCAUGGUUCAGCGAGAGCUCCGAUCCGCGAGACAAGUUCUUUGCAACUCAAGGCAUCUUCGAUAUGUCGAACGCCAUUAAACACCAUUUCGAGGUGGACUACAGGCGCCCCUCCUGGUUUGUAUGCGGAGAAGCUAUUCGAGGCAUAAUAAAAGCCUCCAGAUCCUUAUACGUGCUCAGCAUCACGAAAAUCUUCUUCCCUCCAGACCCUUCCUUUCCGUCUUGGGUGCCCCGGUUCGAUGGCAAAGCAGACGAUUUCGCUUCCCAUCCCGAGCGUGAAGCUUGGACACCUGAUCUGAGCAAAAUUUCUGGCAGACCACAUGCUUCGCCUGGGACAGAGCCCUGUCUGAGGGAGACCGGCCAGCAUCGCGUCCUCUCCCUCCUCGGCAUAAAACACCAGUUCAAAAUUGCCAAAGUGAUACCCUUUGCCCCGCAGGCUUCGCCCAGGCUCGUACCGACCCUUUCCGAAUGUGGAAGUGGCUUGGGUGGCCCGCAGCACGCAUAUUCGCGAGACUGUGCCGUCUUCCUCACUCGACGACCGACAAGCGUGGAAUUGCGGACGCUUUCGCAACAUGCACCACGAUGA